AUGGCUACACGCACGACCAAGCGCCUGCGCGGCCCCGAGGACGAGACGCUACGGGACGAGGAACAUCAUUUGUUGUGCGUGGACCCGAGUCUCAUGACGGAGCGUCAGCAGCUGGCGUUUCUACUGCGGACAACCGCUCACGAGGCGUCGGACACUUUGCAGCAGUGCAACAGAGAGCCGCAAGACGUGGCGGUAGCGUCUUUGCAGACUGCAAAGAAGCACCGACGACGUCAGCAGCGCACGGCGAGCGGCCGCCCGUGUCCGCGCACGAAGGGCACGGGGUACAAGAAGAGACCACGUACGGUGGACUGGAAGCGGCAAGGGACAGCACGACAGGACGCUUCGCGAUACGAAGAGAAGGUUGAGGUGUCGGGGUCGGAAGAUGAUGAGUCGCUGUUGAAGGCAACGGGUCGCCCCUGUGGAGACAGCGAGCCACGCUGUGCGUGCCCCGAUAUGCACGUCGAGCAUAUGCUUUCAUCUACACCACGAUUAAUCGUGGGACCUUUCGACAAGUGCUCGUACACGACGCCAAGGAGCUGCGAGGGUUGA